GAACGAGCAGCUCUGUAUCAAAAUCGUGCAGCUGCCAAGGAAAACCUACGACAGUAUGAAUCCGCCAUUGUGGAUUGCACAUCUGCUCUGGAAUUGUCACCGAAAUACUUGAAAGCUCUUAAUCGUCGCGCACACAUUUAUGAGAAGCUGGAGAUGUGGGAGGAUUGUCUUCCGGAUGUCGUAGCGUGUUGUAUCUUCGAGGAGUUCAAAAACGCUGAUAAUAUCAUACGUAUGGACCAGGCGCUGAAAAAGGUCGGACAGAAAAAAGCUCACGAAGAAUGGGACAAACUUCCUCACUCCCUACCUUCCAAUGCCUUUAUUCGAAAUUAUAUGAGCUAUGCAGAAAAACAGCAAUAA